UUUGUCCAUUCUUGGGUUCCGUGAUUUUGCUGUUUUGUUCCUUCAGUUUUUUCUUUGUUCUUAUACUCCACAUAUGAGUGAAAUCGUUUGGUACUUUUUUUCUCCGCCUGGAUUAUUUCACUGAGCAUAAUACCCUCUAGCUCCAUCUAUGUUGUUGCAAAUGGUAGGAUUUUUCUUCUUAUGGCUGAAUAAUAUUCCAUUGUGUAUAUGUACCACAUCUUUAUACAUUCAUCUACUGAUGGACACUUAGGUUGCUUUCAUUUCUUGGCUAUUAUAAAUAGUGCUGGGAUAAACAUAAGGGUGCAUCUGUCUUUUUCAAACUGGGCUGCUGCAUUCUUAGGGUAAAUUCCUAGAAGUGGAAUUCCUGGGUCAAAUGGUAUUUCUAUUUUUAGUUUUUUGAGGAACCUCCAUACUGCUUUCCACAAUGGUUGAGCUAAUUUACAUUCCCACCAGCAGUGUAGGAGGGUUCCCCUUUCUCCACAACCUUGCCAGCAUUUGUUGUUGUUUGUCUUUUGGAUGGUGGUGAUCCUUACUGGUGUGAGGUGAUAUCUCAUUGUGGUUUUAAUUUGCAUUUCGCUGAUGACUAGUGAUGUGGAGCAUCUUUUCAUGUGCCUGUUGGCCAUCAGAAUUUCUUCUUUGGAGAACUGUCUGUUCAGCUCCUCUGCCCAUUUUUUAAUUGGAUUAUUUGCUUUUUGUUUGUUGAGGUGCAUGAGCUCUUUAUAUAUUUUGGGUGUCAACCUUUUAUCAGAUCUGUCAUUUAUGAGUAUAUUCUCCCAUACUGUAGGAUGCCUUUUUGUUCUAUCGAUGGUGUCCUUUGCUGUACAGAAGCUUUUAAGUUUGAUAUAGUCCCACUUGUUCAUUUUUGCUUUUGUUUCCCUUGCCUGGGGAGAUAUGUUCAUGAAGAAGUUGCUCAUGUUUAUGUCCAAGAGAUUUUUGCCUAUGUUUUUUUCUAAGUUUUAUGGUUUCAUGGCUUACAUUCAGGUCUUUGAUCCAUUUUGAAUUUACUCUUGUAUAUGGGGUUAGACAAUGAUCCAGUUUCAUUCUCUUACAUGUAGCUGUCCAGUUUUGCCAACACCAGCUGUUGAAGAGGCUGUCAUUUCCCCAUUAUAUGUCCAUGGCUCCUUUAUUGUACAUUAAUUGACCAUAUAUAUUUGGAUUAAUGUCUGGAGUCUCUAUUCUGUUCCACUACUCUGUGGGUCUGUUCUUGUGCCAGUACCAAAUUGUCUUGGUUACUGUGGCUUUGUAGUAGAGCUUGAAGAUGGGGAGUGAGAUCCCCCCCCCCUUAUUCUUCCUUCUUAGGAUUGCUUUGGCUAUUCGGGGUCUUUGGUGGUUCCUUUUGAAUUUUAGAACUAUUUGUUCCAGUUCAUUGAAGAAUGCUGUUGGUAAUUUGAUAGGGAUUGCAUUGAAUCUGUAGAUUGCUUUGGGCAGGAUGGCCAUUUUGACAAUAUUAUUUCGUCCUAGCCAAGAGCAUAGGAUGAGUUUCCAUUUGUUAGUGUCCUCUUUAAUUUCUCUUAAGAGUGUCUUAUAGUUUUCAGGGUAUAGGUCUUUCACUUUCUUGGUUAGGUUUAUUCCUAGGUAUUUUAUUCUUUUUGAUGCAAUUGUGAAUGGAAUUGUUUUCCUGAUUUCUAUUUCUGUUAGUUCAUUGUAGUGUAUAGGAAAGCCAUGGAUUUCUGUGUAUUAAUUUUGUAUCCUGCAACUUUGCUGAGUUCCAGUAUUAGUUCUCGUAGUUUUGGAGUGGGUUCUUUAGGGUUUUUUAUGUACAAUAUCAUGUCAUCUGCAAAUAGUGACAGUUUGACUUCUUUUCCAAUCUGGAUUCCUUGUAUUUCUUUGUUUUGUCUAAUUGCCGUGGCUAGGAUGAGCUAGUUUUUUAUGUUAUGCUGCCUUUGGCUCUAGGUAAAAGGAAACUUAAAGUGCUCUUAACAACAAUGAAAUUAUUUCACAUAAAGAGGUUGGUUAAUUCAGUGGUUCUACAUCAGGGACCCAGGACUUUCUAUUCUGCCAUCUAUCCUUGAUGUCUUCAGGCUUUGUCCCCAGAUUAGCUUUGCUUUCCACAAGGUUUCAUGAUACCUGCCUAAGUUCUCUCAUCACAUCCACAGAACUUCUAGAAGCAGGAAAAUACAUCAUUCUUUCUGGACCAUCUGUCUCUAAUUUGUUGCUCAUCUUUUUGAAGAGCAAAGAAACUUUUCCCAGGAUGAUCCCUCAUCCAGCAUACUUCUUAUAUUGUCCAGAAUGCCACAGCCCAUGCCUAACCAAUCACUGGCAGGGGGAAUGAAAGGCUUAGACUAGUCAGGACUCGUUCUUAGGGCUGGCUCUAAGCUUCUUUGAGUUUCUGAUUGCUCAGCAGAACAAAACUGAGGUUCUGUUAAGAAGAGAUUGGAGACAGGCAUAGGUGUGAGGUGUGCAACCAACAGUGUCUGUUAUAAAAUCCAGAAGUCCAGGUUGUUAACCUUGACCAAUUACUGUAUUCUGGGCUCUCACUCUAGCUUAUUUUCUUAACUGUGAGCCAAGUCCCCCACAACUCUUCUUGACACACAGCAAAGCUAUUCUUGGCAGAACAGUGAGAAAUAUGAAAUGUAUUCCCUGGGGCCUGGUGCUCGUGGGCAGUUACUGAGAAGUCAGUGAUGUAUGUGUGCUUGGGCAGCCCAGACACUGCCUGUCUGGGGUGGGCAGAAGAGCAGAGGCUCUGCCUCCUCAAAAGACAGCCUGACCUGGCCUGACCCAGUUCCACAGCUGAGAUUUAAUCAUGCUCCCCUCUGUGUUUGAGAUCUUAUCUUCCUGGUCUGUACUUUUCUUCUCUUAGAAUCUCAUUUGUUUUCUUAACAAACUUUAAUUUGCCUUCUAGUCUUAAACCUCAACAUUACCCUCAUAUCUUCUUCCUCAUAUAAGAAAACCCAUAUCCACUGAAUUCACUAACCAUUCACUGUGUUAGAUGCUUAGAGACAAUAUUAGACAACAGAAAAGGAAAUUAAGUCUUCGUUGUUAUGUGCCAGGCUCUGAAUAAGUUCCUUCACACACACUCUCUUUCUCCUUAACAGCAUGUUGGUAGGUUAGGUUAUUUUAACCUUUAUGUUAGAGUUUAUGGAAUUCAGGUUCAGAAGUCAAGUCACCUGCUCAGAGAAGGUAAGGUCGGCUCAACACCACAAGCUAUUAGGAGCCCAUGACUGCCUGACCUCACAUACAUGCUCUUUCGGAACCCCAACCAGUCUGGCUUCAUGGGCCUACAAAGCACAUCUGCACACAUUACUGUGAGGCUCACAGUAGUAGCACUAUGAGUAGCAGUACCCACAUGUGGAUAGUGGGGGUUCAGUGACCAUAACUGAUUUGCCCCAAAUCACACGGAGCUUAGUUUCUCUGAUGCCUACAUAGUACCCAUUCUGCCACUGUAGAGCAUGCCUGGCUGAGUACAUGUUUGUUGAGUGGAUGAGGAUCCAGACUCUAGAAGGUAUUCAUAAAUAAUUCUUGUCCAGUUAUAUUAUGGAAAAUAAACUUAAUGUCACUGCCUGAAGUUCUCAGGUUCCUUUUCUCCCAGUCACCUCCCCUCUCAGCUCCCCUCAGAGACCCUCUUUUCCUAGGAACUUACCUUCAAUCAAGACUCACAAAGAGUAGAAUCACAGCUCAGGCAGGUGCUGAGAUGGGUUGGGGCGGUUAGGAAGCCAGGCUCCUCUUGGGAGGUAGAGCUGAAAGGACCUAGGAGUCCUGGAGUGGGGGAGGCUGGACUCAGCCUUUUCCCUGCCCCAAGGUGGCAGGACUGCAUUUGUUCUGGAGUCCUCAGACCAGUGGGCCUCUCUGCUCUCCAUUCUGCAGGCCUUGCCCCAGGCAAUCAUCACACUAGUGUCCCCUCCCUCUCCUCCCUUAGUCCCGCCUCCUGCCUCUGGCUCAGCCCCACAGUCCUAGACACAGUAUACACAGCAGACACUAGACACACAGCCUCAGCCCACAAGGAAACAAAAGGAGCUGCCUGGGUUUCCAUGGCUAAGGCCAGCACCUUCAUACCGGGGCUGAACCAUCAGAGCCCUCAUUAUAUCCCGGGGUACACUGGACACUGCCCACUACUUCGGUUCAGCAUUGGCCAGACCUAUGGGCAGAUGACAGGUCAGCUACUUCGAGGCUCCCCUGGCUUGGCCUGGCCCCCUGCCCAUCGCACACUUCUGCCUCCUAUUCGGCCUCCAAGAUCUCCCAAGCUCCCCAGGGGAGGCCUGCCUGUCAGGCAUGGGAAUGAAAGGCUUAGCUCCAGCAUGAUCCCUGGGUACACAGGUUUUGUACCACAGGCACAGUUCAUCUUUGCCAAGAACUGCAGCCAGGUCUGGGCUGAGGCUCUGAAUGACAUCACGCAGGCGCAUGAAGGACAAGGGAGUCAAGAACUACCAAAGGAGGCCAAGGAAGAAAAAGACACAGAGAAAGACCAAGAGCCAAACCCAGGGGCAGAAAAGGAACCAGAGCUGGAGCAGGAGGCAGAACAAGCUUCCCCCUAUUCCAUGGAUGACAAAGAUCCUCGCAAGUUCUUCAUGUCAGGCUUCACAGGUUAUGUGCCCUGUGCCCGCUUCCUCUUCGGCUCCACCUUUCCUGAGCUCACCAACCAGGCACUUAAGGAAUUUGGACAGAUGUACUCACGGGGCAGACCCCAGAAGGAUCCCAAACAUCUCCCCCCACUUUCCAGGACCUACCCUCCAAACCUGGGCCUUUUACCUAACUACAGAGGCUAUGUGCCAGGUGAGGACAGACCCAGAGGGAGGCACUGGGAUACUUGUGUUAGGGGGAUGGGUGGAGGUGGUUUGGGAGGGUUGGAACUAAUAGAUAUGAGGGGACCUCAGAUCAUGUGAUUCAGUUUGAUCAUUGUGCAGGAAAGGAAACUGAGGUAGCUCACAGUGGGGACUUCGGGCCAGAAACCAGAGGGCAACUUGCAGGUUCUAGGGAACUGUUGAGAAGUAAAUGGCUUUUCCAUGCCACUGGUUACAACUGACAAAUUCUCUUGGCCACACAGGCUAUAAGUUCCAGUUCGGCCACACAUAUGGGCAUCUCACUCAUGAUGCUCUGGGCCUCAGCACCCUCCAGAAGCAGCUGCUGGUGUAGGUACCUGGACUCCCAGUUCUCUUUUUCCUUUUCAUCCUAUCCCAGGCUCCU